AUGAAGACCAGUGUAGAUUGGAAGUCCCUUACUAUCCCUGCAUGUCUCCCUGUGACCACAGAUUACAAACCUGAUAAACGGCUGCUUAAUAAUCAUUAUAAACUCUACACUUAUGAUUUGUACUUGGAUGCUGACAAUGAGUAAGUUAAGAUGUCACUUUCACCCACCCACCCUGUAAAUAUUCUGUGUGGGAGAGAGUCUCGGUCAAUGCCAGUAAGUUCUGGACACGAUCGUAUAAUCUGAUACAUUUAUGCGUUCUGUUUAGUUUAUCAAACAAAGAUGAUGUUGAGCGUGUUGUGAUGAAACCGGAAGAGCAGCUUAAAGAAUUUAUUUCACAGAGAAUUGGACAGGUUUGUAACGGUUUGUUUUAAAUGACAUGAGGAAUUCAUUUCUAAACUCCUUAGAAGUCCAGUAAAGGACAUCCUUACUCAUCCACUGUUAGUGCAGAAUGAAAUCAGAGUAGUCGGUGAGGACCCUGGUUCUCACAUGUGACUGAGGUGAAAUUUUCUCUUCCAACUAGGGUUUCCAACUAGUGUGUUCCGGCACUCCACAAGAACGCGCCAUAUAUUUCUCGCCAAUCAGCCAGCCUCGUUCCGGUGUCAUCCCGCAAGGAACCCCGGAUGAAGAGUACUUCUUUAUGAUGGGACGAAAUUUUCACAAGUUGACCUACACACUCUCUUCAGAUCAGGUGAGCCUUACUCAGUCAAACUAGCACUUAAGGUGGCUUUAUCCCUGGGGCUUACGUUCUUCCAUAGUCAGAAAACCAUUUAGCUAGUUUUCAUAAUGCACUAUUUUUUUGUAUUGUUUUUUCGCCCAACCAACCAAUGGCAGACUGCGCUGGUUUGAUUACUCAGUCAUGAUAUUACAAUACACACGUGACGGUGAACCGACCAUUUAUUGCAUAAACCAAGACAAAGAUAAUGAGGUCUAUUAGCCAUUCCGAAGUUGACGAGUGGACUGGGGGCGAGUGUUAAAAAGUGCCCAAAUUAAGAAAUGAACCAAUCAUUAAAAAGACCACCUCAAAAUUAAUAAGUAUACAAAGUUUGAAGACGUCUACAUGAAUAUCCUUCGAAUAAUAAGCUUUCCAAAAUUGUGAAAUUGCUCAUUAAAAGAUUGUUUUGGGGAUUGUUUUUUACCACGAUUUUCGAAAGCUUAUUAUUCGAAGGAUAUUCAUGUAAACGUCUUCAAACUUUGUAUACUUACUAAUUUUGAGGUGGUCUUUUUAGUGAUUUGGUUCAUUUCUUAAUUUGGGCACUUUUUAGCACUCGUCCACAGUCCUCUCAUCAACUUCGGAAUGGCUAAUUAUGUCUGCAUUGAGUUUCCUAACUUUCUUAUUCUAUUGACUAUGGUUUUUCGUAUAUAAAAUGAUUAUGUUGUGUUGUAGGUGUCUUUUAUCCGGUAUCAUCCUACCCACGUUAUAAACGUACACCCGGUAUCUUACUCGUACCGUCUUUGGUCAGACUGUACUCAGCAGUAUGUGAAAAUGAAUACGCCAUUUGUUCACGAUGAUUUGACAAACUAUAACUGGAAUUAUAUGGAUCAAUAUAUCGCUCGAGACCAAGACUGCCUGGGCCUUAUUGAG